AUGGGACAGUUCAGGGUGAGUUUGUACAGUCAUUGUUGUGGUACUUAACUUUUGAAGAAUUUUUAGUUAUAAUUAGUACUGUUUUAAGAGUAUUAGUAAUAUCUAGUACUAAAGGUACUAUAAUAUUACUCAAAUCACUAAGUACUCAAAAGUAGUACUAAAAACAGUCUCAAUAUUGUAAAAUACGUAAUCGAUAUACGCGUCAAACUAAAAUUUCAGAAAAAAUCGAUGGACAAAACGCUUCUGAAGCACAAUGGAAACUUGCCAAAGAUCACGAUGACCACAGAUGACGCCCCAACCACACAGCCAGUGUUUGACAAUAGGAAACAGUCGACAGGAACGUUGAAUCGUCUAAUAUUAGUAGCUCAAGCAUUAGAACAUGAGGUUGAUUCGAGGAGGCGAAGCGACAUAAACGGGUCUAGGAUUAUAUUAACCAUACGAAUGGCUAACAUGGUGCUUCUGGUAGGUUUUUUUGUUUAAAAAGACAAAUUUUUUCAAAUAAAGUAUAAGGUUGCUCAAAAAAUUCUGUGCUUACUAAUACCAAAAAUUUGGUUUGUGUAAGGGCUUAGAAUUAUUUGAACAACCUAUUCUAAGAAGUCUAGUUUUCUGGUAUACGUCUAUCAACACAAAGUGCAAAAAUUUAAACAUUUUUAUCAAAUUUUAAUUAUAUUUUUUCAGAUAUUAGUAAACGUACUGAUAUUUACCGGAGUAGGCCAAUACCAAGGUCGUAAUGGCAUGAGACAAUCACUGAUGUUAACAGCCAACAAAUGGACCUAUAAGAAAGAACAUCGACUGCCGUUUACGUUUUCAGAAAUGAAAUUGACAGGACAGUACGUAUCUGGAGUACUAUCAGCUGUGAUGUUAUGUCUAACGUUGGUACUACAACUUGUACAUUGCUUUAAGUGCAAACAUUCCAAACUUAUGGUAAGUGUAAUAUAGUUUUAUAGCAUUUUCUAGACCCAGUUGAAGCCUUAACAUAGUAAAAUAAAUUUUUGACUAACAAUCAAUAAGCAAGCUUUAUAAUGUUGUAUUUACCUUCAUUAUGCCGUACUAACCACUUUUACUUGAUUCAUAUACAUACAUCUAUAGACACAACUUACAAAAUUGACCUAAAUUUUAAAUUUCAGUGCAUAUGCUAUUCCUUUGGAUGUGUGCCAUUCUCGUUGUUGGUAUUUGGCCUAGAGAUGCAUUAUAGUGCAUGUCCAUGGCUAGAUGACUUUUAUCGAAGUGAAAUCCUUCGCCGGGACUUUAACGCAGUAGAAAAGUACUUUGAUACUCAAUGUGGCAUCAAUGGAUGGGCAUUAGCUGGGGUAAGGUUUUUUAUUUUUAGGUAUUAACUUUGGUUUUUAAAUAUAAAUAUAUUAGUGUGUAUAAAAAAGAUUGAGCUAAUGAACUCCAUUCGAAAUUUUGGUUUAAAUUAUAUAUAUUCAGUACGAUUUAUAUACUAUUCAGUACGACAGAUUAGACACGAAACUACUAAACUAUUCCAAACACUUUUCGGCUUACAAUUUUCUGUUUUUGGCCACAAGCUAAGCUGUUUCAAAGUAAAAUGCAAAUAAAUUCUUAAAAUGGCAAAUUUCUAAAAUUAUCGUCAAACAAUGACAAGAUAUUACCAGAGUCAUAUGGGGUUUGAUUACAUUGUGACGUUGCAUUUAAAGAUUCCGAGGAAGGAUAAUGUUGCGAAUUCAUAAGGUUGUUUCUAUAAAUAAUAAAUUUACUAGGGAUUGUCGCACAAUGGACAUCGACGUAUUUUACCAUAAACAAAGUAAAAAAAUUAAUAAAACCAAAAUUUUAAAAUUUCAAAAACUGUUUUUCAGAUAUUCUCUCUACUAUCAUGUGGCCUGUUCGUGAGUGAAGGCCUAAUCACAGCGUUCUUCCGUUCCGGCGAGCCUCACGAUGACAAUGGCGAGAAAAGCGAAACCAUACUGUAA